AUGUCCACCAAAAUCCUCCUCCUCAGCGCCGGCGAACUAGGCACCGCCCUCCUGCCCCAUCUCUCCCUCCCCCACACCCACCUCACCCUGGGUACCCGCUCGCCCCAAAACUACACCCACCUCCCCGUCUCCACCAUCGCUCUUGACCUAACCUCCCCCUCCCACACCCUCGCCCAAACCUUCUCAACCUUCGACAUCCUCAUCAGCGCCACGGGCUUCGCCUCCUCCCCCUCCGCCCUCUCAAAACUCACGCACGAAGUUCUCGAAGCCGGCAGACUCAGAAAAGCUCGGGGCCAGGGCAAGAUUUGGUUUUUCCCCUGGCAGUGGGGUGUGGAUUACGACGUCACGCUGGACGCCGGGGGGUUGAUGCCGUUGUUUGGUGCGCAGAAGCGUGUGAGGGAUGUCCUGCGUGCUGAGGCGAGAGAGGCGGGUGUGCGGUGGACGGUUGUGAGCACGGGGAUAUUUAUGAGCUUUUUGUUUGAAGAGUUCUGGGGGAUUGUUGAUAGGGGAAGAGGGAGUGGGAGGGUUGGAGUGAGGGCGUUGAGGGAUUGGGGACAUAGGGUUACGGUGACAGAUGUAAGUGAUAUUGGGCGCGUGGUGGGCAGGAUUGUAGCCGGCAAUGUGGAGGCGGAGGAUAGGGUGUUGUAUGUGGCGGGUGAGACGGUGUCGUAUGGGGAGUUGGCGGAGACUGUGGCGCGGGUGAGUGGGAGGGAAGUUGAAAGGGAGGUAUGGAGUUUGGAGUAUCUGGAAGAAGAGGUGAAGAAGGAUCCCGAAGAUGGUAUCAAGAAGUAUCGAUUGGUGUUUGCAAAAGAUGGGGUGUGGUGGGAUAAAAAUGGGACGGUUAAUGCGGCGUUGGGGAUGGAGAUGAUGGGAGUCGAGGAGUAUGCGAAGAAGUUGUUCGAGGGUACUGGUGAUUGUUGA